CCAACACUUUUAUAUCUCUGAGACCCUCUGACCUCGUUUUCCUUUGGCUGGGAUUUUGGGAAGGCAGCGUCGAACAGAGUCAGAAGCCAUGGUGAAGUAUUCGAGGGAGCCUGACAAUCCCACCAAGUCCUGCAAAGCAAGAGGAUCCGAUCUCCGUGUUCAUUUUAAGAACACAAGGGAGACAGCCUUUGCAAUUCGAAAGUUGCCUCUGGUCAAGGCCAAAAGGUAUUUGGAGGAUGUUUUGGCCCACAAGCAAGCCAUUCCAUUCCGGCGCUUUUGUCGUGGAGUUGGGCGAACGGCACAAGCUAAGAACCGCCAUUCAAAUGGACAAGGACGCUGGCCUGCGAAGUCUGCAAAGUUUAUUCUGGAUUUACUAAAGAAUGCUGAGAGUAAUGCCGAGGUGAAAGGGUUGGAUGUGGAUUCACUUCACAUAUCUCACAUCCAGGUAAAUCAAGCCCAGAAGCAAAGGCGUCGCACAUACCGUGCUCAUGGAAGAAUUAACCCCUACAUGUCAUCUCCAUGCCACAUUGAGUUGAUUUUGUCAGAAAAGGAAGAACCUGUCAAAAAAGAGCCUGAGACUCAGUUGGCUCCUAAGAAAUCAAAGACUCAAGCCCUGCGUAGCGGUGCUUCUUCUUGAGAUGCAGAGUCGUAGACCGUAUUUCAGCGUUCUUCUUUCUUAGUUGUUUCAUGAGAACGUUUUUGUCUGUCUUAUUUAAUGAAGUGCUAUAAACUCAGAGUUCGUCUCUAGAGAAUCUUGUAUUGUGUUUUUGGAGCUUAAUGCAAACCAUUUUAGACA